CUCAUCACGUCACAACCAUCGGGAGCCAAAUUCAAGUCAUGGCAACCUUCGCAGACCAUCGUGAGCGAGAUGCCACAUCGAAAGGAGGAAGAGGAAGAGGAGGAAGACGAGGUCGGCAUGAUGAUGCCAGGGUCCAGUUAUCGAAACGCCUGACCUAUGCCCUCCGGCACGGCGCGGAGAAGCUCGGUCUCCGCCUUCGCCCCGACGGUUUUGUGAGUCUGGACGAGCUCCUCAGCAAGCCGAGCUUUCGCGGAGUGUCGAGAGAGCGGGUGGAACAAAUUGCGGCGGACGAGAAGGGCCGCAUGACCAUCGCAACCUACCCGGUGUCAGGAGGAGAGGCGGCGGGCAGCGCCACCGCUUGUGCCGACCCUGGCGCGGCCACGAACCAGGCCGUCUUCAUUCGAGCCAACCAAGGCCAUUCCAUGAAGGGGGUAAUCGACGAAGAGAAACUCCUUACUAGGGUCGAGGACGCGGCCGAUGUCCCUGUCUGCGUGCACGGCACAAACCGCAAGAGCUGGUCCAGCAUCCGAGAGGAGGGGCUUCGUUGCAUGAACCGGACACACAUACACUUCGCGGCGGGGCUGCCCGGAGCAAGCGGGGUAAUCAGCGGCAUGCGCAAGGCCUGCAAGGUGUUGAUUUACGUGGACGUGGCCGCGGCGAUGUUGGACGGAGUCGUCUUCUUCCGGUCCAGCAACAACGUUAUCCUAUCCUCCGGCAAGAACGGCACCCUGGAGCCAAGGUACUUCUCCCGCGUUGACGGCGCUACUGCUACCGUGGACGAAGACGCUUCGAAGACCGUAACGCCUGACAAGCAUGAUGCAACUCCGAGGAAUCCCACGCCGCUGCCACCGGGGAAGGGGGACGGAGGACCGACCAAGGCGGCGGCAUCAAGGCAGCUGCGACCAAGAAGCGGGUGGAUGUUCAAUGACGACGCCACCGCCGAAAUGACGUGCAACGGCGGUGGAGGGGGCCUCACGGCUGGGGCAGAGGAACCGAGCCGGGGAGGGGGGGCGAUUGGGGGCAGACGGAACGAGGCACCAGCGAAGUCGGGCGGAAGGGAUGCUAGAAGGGGUGCAACGGACCCCCCGGUGGACGUGUAUGCCGUCCUCGACUUCGAGGCUACUUGCGAGGAUGAGAAAAUCGAUGGCGGCAGGUUUGGACCGAUGGAAGUAAUCGAGUUCCCAACGGUGCUGCUAGACGCACAUUCUCUCAAAGUGCUCGACGAGUUUCGCGUCUACGUACGUCCUGUCCGGCACCCCGUCCUCACACCCUUCUGCACUAGCCUGACGGGGAUAGAACAGUCCACCGUGGACGGGGGAGUUCUGUUCGAGGAGGCGCUUUCACAACACACGGAGUUCUUGCGGCGCAAUUCGUGCCUUCCCGGCCAAGAACGGUCGUGCCUCUUCGUAACAUGCGGAAACUGGGACCUCAAGACCAUGAUGCCCGCGCAGUGCAAGCUCAUCGACGCCCCGGUGCCUCCACACUUCAACAGCUGGGCCAACAUUAAGGAGGUUUUCAGGGACGAGAUGUACCGAGCCAACCGGCAGUCUCAACGGCGACCCCGUGGUGGGAAGUUGAGCGACAUGCCAGCCAUGCUCUCUGCUCUGGGCUUAGUGCUGGAAGGGCGGCACCACAGCGGGUUGGACGACUGCAGGAACAUCGCUAGGAUAGCGAUACAGCUGUGUCGCCGAAGCAGGCGGCAGAUACAAGCAACCGCUCCCCGGAAUGCCGCUGCUGGCCGCAGAUGGUAGCUCGAGCUCCAGCAACAGCCAGCCGUGCCACGUCUCCGCUUUGGACUUGAACAAAUUGUAGACGGUCACGGAACUUAUUGAGCAAGUACAACACAGAAACACUGUCACAGGACGUACUUCAUUCCCUGGUAGGCGGUUAGCUUACUACGUCGCCGACAGUUGUGGAAGAGACUACGCUUUCAGCCGAAGGAUUCUGGCCAUGCUGAUUUGAUGAACUGGUCGUAGACACCAGUCUGUGUGUAGCUGUACAUACAUGUGUUUCAGCUUGGUUGUGGUCCGCCUGUGGGCGGGGGAGAGACCGGCGUUUUUUGGUGAAACGGCUCACUUCGCCAACUACGCACCAUGCAUUAAAAAAGAUGGGAUUUGUUUUUGUUUGUUUUUCCGGUUUUCGGGGAAUGGAACCUUCAGAUAGAUGCAGAGCUUUCAUGACUGGGAGCUAAAAGGUUUAGUGGCCUCCUUUCUAGCGUGAGGUCGAAUCGAUAUACACUACAGGAAUGACGCUCUUGGAAUAUCGUCGGUUUAGGAGGCAGGCGUCGCUGACUACGUGUUGGCAAAGACGUACCUCCAUUCCCCCUUGUUCGAAGGUCAGAUGUACUGCUGUAGUAAGAGAUCCGGUGCUUGUUGCUUCCUAGAAGUACACUUGCAAAUGUGUUCGUUCUAGAAAGGUAUACUUACCCCUCUUUGGGCACUUGGCCUGUGACCACGGAAGGCGUCCGCGUCACUUGAACCAGUACGGAUACUAGAAGGUACUGAGCGGAGACCGUAACGGGUUUUAAUGUGAAGACAACAGCACUUCUAUGCAUACGACCUCGGCCCCUCUGUCGAAUGGGAGUUUAGUUAAGUGUAGUCUGUUGGUCUAAAGUGGAUGAUCAUGCUUGACCACCCGCGAGCGAGAGGGGGAGGCGUGACGGGCGGGGGGGCACUCAUGCUUUGCAUCCCCGAGUUGUGACAUCACUGACCACGCGCGUCCUCGACAGGACGGAACACUAUGCCGACGGGACCAACCAGCGAUGGCCAAUCGAUCUGGCCCCAAGGGGUGACGAUCUUCGCUCAAAGAGUUUGCAAUUUGGCGAGAGGGGCGCAACG